AUGACUCGGUUUCUUAUUCCCGCUCUACGGCUUGUUUGGAAUCCUGUUUAUUGGGGGAGUUUUGGUUCACACUUCGACUGUAGACACGACUUUCACACUACUGAAGCUGUGCGCCCCCAGCAUGGCAGGAACCUGGGCCACCAUCAACUCUGGCCCUCGUGGGUACGGGGGCGGACGCUGUGCCACUGGCGCAACGUGAGGCGCCAAUCCAGUCUCGACGACGGGGUUCGAGCUCUAGUCCUUCUCGAGUGGUGA